GAGACGCUUGUAUUCAUACACCCAUUGGCAAGCAGGCUUGGUGAUCUAAUUCAUCCCUCGCACCACCUCAUCUUAAUUGCUACCUGAUGUACAGAAGCAGCGAGGCUCAAAAUAGCGAAACUCCUCCUGGUCAAGUACAAAAUCACUCACACAAGCACAAGCACUCGGACCCGCACACGCACUUGGGCGAUUACCCACAUCGGCUCAACUUCUAUGAUAAAGCCCCACAAUUCGACGUGACGCUGGAGGAGUUCGAAGCUUCUGCGCUUGACCGACUUCGCGUUCUCGCCGAGAUCGAAUCAUCCAUUGCUCGUAACAGAACUUGGGAAGAACUUAAGGACAUGACUACGAAGCAGUGCAGGAAAUACCUGUGUCUAGACAGCAAUACAGCAAGAAGUAUCGAUUGGGCUGCACAACGGAGAAAGGACCAUAUCAGUCAUUUCGUUCUAAGGCUAGCUUUCUGCCGUUCAGAAGAGUUGAGAAGGCGAUUCAUCAAAGCGGAAACAACCCUCUUCAAAGUGAGAUAUGAGCUGGAUGAUACCGAAGAACGGAGAACAUUCUUGUCAUCACUUACAUUUGGGUGGGAAGAGGUCAACGCCUCAGAAGUCAAAGAUGUUGAUAAAAACUUUCCUGAAGCAGAAAAGCUUGUGAAUCUGGUCCCGGUCCCACCAAAAUACAAGGACAAACCCGAAUGCUAUAAGGGCCUUUAUUACAAGGUAAAAUGGACGAAAGUGUCUGAGCUAGUGGAAAAACGCAAAGUCUUCUUGAAAGGUGGCUAUGCUUAUGUUCCUAUUUGGGAGCGCGAUGGUAUUAUAUUUCAGGAGUUUGAAACCUUUUUAACGGGACAACUUGAACUUACGGCAAAAAGAUUGCCUCGUCUAGAUGAAGACACCCGCCUGGUUCCCAUCCUUGACAAUCUUUCACAAGGGUUCCUUGCAGGUGUUUCAACAGAAUGGGCAAGUGCCCCAGCAAGUGGGGAUGAAAUCAGAGCCGAGAUGAUUGACGACCUCGCGAAGAAUCACUUCCCAAUGUGCAUGCGAAAUAUCCAUGAAUCCUUGAUGAGAGAUAGGCAUUUGAAGCAUUUUGGAAGAUUGCAGUAUGGCCUUUUCUUGAAGGUACUGGGGGUAUCAAUAGAAGAGGCCAUUGUGUUCUGGCGCAAAUCGUUCAGUGGAAUAACAGAUGACAAGUUCAACAAGGAAUACAAAUAUAACAUCAGACACUCAUAUGGGUUGGAGGGAAAGCGUGCCAACUAUCCAGCAAAGAGCUGUCAACAAAUUCUUGUCGCUGAUAAGCCUGGUCCCUCCGAUUGUCAUGGGUGUCCCUACCGUCACUUUGCACCAGAGAAUUUAGAAAGUGCUCUGCUUUCAUCUUAUGCGUCACAUGGCCUUUCCUCGACUGAUUUACCCGCGAUUAUGCAUAACGUGAAAGAGGGUCAUUACCAUGUCGCGUGCACACGGGUAUUUGAGAUCACACAUGCCAGCAAAGGUGUCAAGAAAGGGGAAGGUGUAGGGGGUGGAGAGAGUAUAACUCAUCCAAACCAGUACGCUGCGCGAAGCAGAGAACUAUCUGGACCUUCUGAAGGGGAUGCACGCAUGGAGGUAGAAUCCUAGUGUUCGUCUAUCUCGGAAUGAGGAUGUCUAGGCAGUCGUAAGCAUGCAGUAUGUACUCAUACCAUACCACGGAGUAUUAGAGGGUCUUGCAAUAUCAUAAUAUGAGAGACCCCGAAA